CCGGUUUGCAGUAGGAGGUUUUAAAAGAAAUGCCACACAGAGUGAUUAUUUAACUUUGGCACUAUUUGCUCCUCCCACACACAAUGCCUUUCUCUGACUUUGUCUUAGCCCUAAAGGACAAUCCGUAUUUUGGGGCAGGCUUUGGUCUAGUUGGUGUGGGCACAGCCUUGGCCCUGGCACGUAAGGGGGCCCAGGUUGGCAUGAUGGUUUUCAAACGGCAUUAUAUGAUCACCCUGGAAGUGCCAAGCAGGGACAAGAGUUACCACUGGCUGUUGAACUGGAUAUCUCACCAUGCUAAGCACACCCAGCACCUGAGCGUGGAGACUUCUUACCUGCAACACGAGAGUGGCCGUGUCAGUACAAAAUUUGACUUUAUUCCCAGCCCUGGGAAUCAUUUCAUUUGGUAUCAAAAGAAGUGGAUACGUAUAGAACGGAACCGGGAGAACCAGAUGAUUGAUCUCCACACAGGCACUCCUUGGGAGUCUGUCACAUUUACAGCAGUUGGCAAUAAAAGAGAAAUUUUUUUCAACAUUAUGCAAGAAGCCAGGGAAUUGGCUCUGAAACAACAAGAAGGCAAAACAGUAAUGUAUACAGCAAUGGCUGCUGAAUGGCGGCCAUUUGGUUUCCCACGACGACAACGCCCACUCACCUCUGUAGUGUUUGACAAAGGAAUAUCAGAGAGGAUUGUGCAAGAUGUGAAAGAGUUCGUUGAUAACCCCAAGUGGUACAUUGAUCGAGGAAUACCUUACCGGAGAGGAUACUUGCUGUAUGGGCCCCCAGGUUGUGGCAAGAGCAGUUUCAUCACAGCCCUGGCUGGAAAAUUGCAGUACAGCAUCUGUCUUCUGAGCCUGAGUGAUCGAAGUCUCUCAGAUGAUCGUCUCAAUCAUUUGCUGAGUGUAGCUCCACAACAGAGCAUCAUCCUCUUGGAAGACAUAGAUGCGGCCUUUGUCAGUCGGGACCUGGCUGCUGAAAAUCCUGUUGCAUAUCAAGGCAUGGGACGUUUAACAUUCAGUGGCCUUCUCAAUGCGUUGGAUGGUGUAGCUUCUUCUGAAGCCAGACUAGUAUUUAUGACUACCAAUUAUAUGGACAGGCUGGAUCCAGCCCUGAUUCGCCCAGGCCGGGUAGACCUCAAACAGUACAUUGGGCAUUGUUCGGAGUGGCAGUUCAAACAGAUGUUCCACAAAUUCUAUCCAGACCAGCCAUCUGUUCUAGCUGAGCAAUUUGCUAAACGAGCCCUUUCUGUCUCUGUUAAAAUCAGCGCCGCACAAGUUCAAGGUUAUUUCAUGUUACACAAAGCGGAUCCAGUUAAAGCCAUUCAGAAUGUAGAGAUGCUUAUAUCUUGAUUCUGAACGAAUACUGAGAAAACAUUGAAGGUAGUUGCCUGGGCUGUUCACCCAGCACACAGUAAGUAAGGGGGAUACCAUCAAUAUUUCUGUCUCAGUGAGGUGGU